GGCCCUAUUAUGACUCGCGAGUCGAACGUUCGACUCAAGUCGAACGAUUUGGCGAAUUGCCUAAGUCGUGGUAUUAUGAAAGGCGAACUUCGACGUUCGCUUUUGAAAACAAUAUUACCAACUUUAAGAAGUGAAAUAUGUAACGUCAUGACUCGGUGAAACGUCAAAGGCUGAAAAUUAUUGUUGAUGAUAUAUUGUUUACAAUUUGGAAAAAAAGUAAAAUAAAUAAAACAAAAUAUGAUAAGCAGUGUUGAUUUAUUUUUUAAAGAUGAAGAUGAAAACGAAAGAGCGGAGAAAGUAUUGGUGUGUAGAUUACGAAGAAGUUUAAGGGACAACUCCAACCCACUUCAACUUCCAGAUAAUUUGUUUGUGUCAUAUUUUCGCGUUAAUAAGCAUGCAUUUGGUUAUAUUUUAAACAUCAUUACACCAGGAUUUAAAAUUACUCAAAGUUCUGCAAUUCCACCAUAUAUAAAACUUGCAUGUGCGUUGCGUUUUCUCGGCAGUGGAAGCUACCAAAAUGGUGUGGGAAGUGACUUUGAGCUAGGUCUCGCGCAAUCUACAGUUUCAGUAGUUCUAAGUGAAGUGCUUGAUUUACUUGAAGUGAAAAUUUGUCCUGUGUGGAUAAAGGCAGACAUGUCUACCUCUGAAAAACAAGAAGCAAGAAAUUACUUUUUUGAAAGGGCCAGAUUACCCGGAUUAGUGGGCUGUGUAGAUGGGACUCACAUUGGAAUAAUCGCUCCUGUUCAGCUACAACAUCAAUUUUUAAACAGAAAAGGAUUUUAUAGUUUGAAUGUUAGUGGUGGCCUGUGACAAUAAUGGAAUUAUAAGAUUUAUUGAUUCC